CUAGGCUUCUCUCUGGCUUACAUGCGGCAGGCAGCUGGUUUCCAGGAAAGUAAAACCAUUGCUGACAAAUGAAUUAAAGGAAAGCAAAUUUGCAGUGGAGACAAAAGGCGUGGUGCUGGGAAGGAAGACAAAGAUCUUGACUCAGACCUUGAAAACAACAUUCUACAGACAAAGUUCAAAACGAGAGCUCCAGUCACCAAAACAGCUUUUUCCAUGGAGCCACUUAUAAACUCUUCACUGGAGUACUACGACGACGGCUAUCAUGAUUGGAAUUCUACUUUUGAUUACAGUCUAUACGAAAUUGUUUGUGUCAAAGAAGCGGUGAGGGCUUUCAACAGAUCAUUCCUACCUGCAUUCUAUGCUAUUAUUUUCCUUAUUGGACUUGCUGGGAAUUCACUAGUGGUAGCAGUCUAUGCCUGCUUCAAGAAACUGAAAACCAGGACAGAUGUGUACAUCAUGAACUUGGCCAUUGCUGAUUUGUUACUUCUUUUGACUCUCCCAUUUUGGGCCGCAGAUGCUGUGCACGGAUGGGUGCUUGGUGUCCCCUUGUGCAAAAUCACCUCUGCUGUGUAUGUCAUGAACUUCAGUGCUAGCAUGCAGUUUUUGGCCUGCAUCAGUAUUGAUAGAUACAAUGCCAUUGUCAAACUCCAAGGACAACCAAGAGUUCCAAAGCAAUGCAGCAAAACCUGUUGCUUUGUCUGGAUACUUUCUGUGUUGCUGUGCAUUCCAGAACUAAUUUUUAACACAGUCAUGGAAUUCCAUGGCAAAUUUGGAUGUGUACCUAUAUUUCCUAAGAGCUUAGGAAAAAUAUUGAAAGCAACUAUUGAAAUCAUGGAAAUGACACUGAGUUUUGCACUGCCCUUGCUCGUAAUGCUGAUCUGCUACUCAGCCGUGGCCAGAACUCUAUUUAAGUGCCCCAGUGUUAAAAAAUCACAGCCUCUGAAAGUUCUUGCAGCAGUGGUGUCUGCCUUUAUUGUCACCCAGCUGCCUUACAAUGUUGUAAAGUUUUGGAGAGCCAUCGAUAUUAUCUACCAUCUGAUUACCGACUGCAACACAAGCAAAACCAUUGAUGUUGCAUUCCUGGUAACCAGGAGUAUUGCCUUGUUUCAUACCUGCCUGAACCCCGUCCUAUAUUUUUUUAUGGGAGCCUCUUUCAAAAUGUAUCUGGUGAAAAUAGCAAAGCAAUGUGGCCACUGGAGAAGACAACAUAGAACAGUAACUGAAGAGAUUCCUAUGGGCUAUGAAGAUUCUAGUGGACAAACAAGUAGUUUUACUAUUUAGAAAACAAGGAGAAGAGGGCUGUUCUGCAGUCCAUAUUAGCUACUCAACAUCUAGUUGUUCUAGGAUGAUUUUUAAUUAUCUGAAAAUACUUGUUCCUUGAUGAAGAACUAUAUCUUCUCAACAUACUUGCAUAAGCUGGUAAGUCUGGACAGGUCAAGUCCAGGAGCUUUUUCAGACACCAGGCUUAACCACGAGGCUUUACUAUGAGUACAGGACAUGACAGAUACUCACAAAAAGAGGGUUGGUUUUUUUUGCCCCGGACAUAAAUCGGGCUAGGUUCCAAUAAAGAGGGGGAAAUCCGAAUUGUGAAUGAAGUGCUCCUCAAUAGCUCGCAGGGACUUCGGAGUAAAUCUGACUGAUAUGUGAACACAUACACACCCUCCCAAAGUAAAGUUGCAGUAAAGUCUCCAUCUGAAAAAGCUCCUGUAGGGCACUAGAACAAUCUGAUCUCCAGGAGCAUUUCCAAACAGGGCUUUUAGCUUGCUUCUCCUCCGGAAUGGAGGGCGUGCAUUCCCAUAUCAGCCAGAUUGACCCCAAAGUCCCAGCAAGGAGCACUGCACACAUGAUUUGGGUUUUUCAUUGCACAUUGGAGUGGAGCCCGAUUUUUGUUCGGGGUAAAACAAAAUCCACUUUUUGCAGCAAUUUUUUUUGGGCAAAUUGGAACUUGUAGUAAACCUGAGGUAAAGCCUGCUGUCUGGAAAUGCUCCAGGCAUUUCUAGCAUAGUGAUGCCUUUUCCAUUUUUGCUCUUCAUUUAUAGUGCAGUAUAAUCUCGUGUAUGUUCUAUAUGAGUUAAAAAUUAUGAACAGAGGAAAUUCCAGCCUUAUUUCAAGCAAGAAUUACUUCAAACAAUACAUUUAAUGAAAUGAACAAAUGGGAAGAGAAAAAUAAGAGACAUGCUUAAAAAUAUGGAUGUGGAGGGAUUAGAUGCACCCAAAGGUGGUUUUCCUCCAGGCGGAUGUAUUUCCCCCUUGGGAUGCCUGGAUGAAGGAAGAGGAUGGAAAACCUCUUAGUAAAAUUUACCCAUGGUCCUGAUGCUAUGUUGCAUUUCCCCCUGGCCUCACCAGCUACUUAUGCACAGCGACGGGGCACUUUCCAGCUUACCCAAUCAACAGUGGUAAAAAGCUUCGGUAGGGCAGAUCGCAUUCGAAAUGUAAAUAAAGGCUAUUGUUCAAAGCUAUCAGGAGGGAGAGCAGUCUUGCGAAAACUCCACAAUCAGAAAAUACAGCAACUUUUUGCACUGCACAUACAACGUGCAUAUGCACUAUAUUGCAGUGAUUAAAUCUGAAACAAGGCAUCCAAAAUGUGAACGGCACCCUGCUGACAGUGUAGGGACUGCGGUGUCACAACACAGGAAGUAUGGAAACACACUUAGCAGAUACGUCGUGACCCCGUUGUAGGGUCUAAUCAGGACAUGGGCGACAUGUUGCUGCACAUUUUAGGGCAGAGGGAUGCUGUCUUUUGAGAUGCUGCAUGAGAACUGCUCCCUCAAAUUGCCUGGUCAUUAGCUAUGUUAAGCUAUAGAUAUUAGGAUCUGCAUGCCUUGAGGGGAAGCAGGAAAAGGAAAACCCAGGCCUAGAGAGCUGAUAACAUCAGCUCUCAAGGUAUCAACAUUGGCCUGAGGCAAAAUCAUCUUAUCUUAUGUAAUUUUUAUCAUUGAUUUGAUAUUUUAAAUCUGUAAAUUUCUUUGAAUGCCACAGCAGGAAGGCAGUAUAUAAACACAGUAAGUAAAUAAAUAAAUAUAUUUUGCCAUUGUAACAACAGCCCAUUGUUAACUAGAAUCUGUUUCUGAGAUGUUAAGAAUCCUUUACAGCUGUUAAAUUAUUGAACAGGGACAAAAAUAUACCUAGGCACCUUACAUGCAAGGAUGGCUGCUAUCGUUUUAUGGAAAUAAAUGAACAGGAUUUUUUGAUUGUUUAAGAUAAACUGUAACCAGUUACAGUAGUUGCAAAAAAAGUGGUCAGGACUUCAAGACUGGCUUGGUUUGUACAUGACAAAUUCAUGGCCUCUAGAAUAGGCUAGCUCCUGGCAGGCAUGCCUUGCUAACUAGGAAGCCCCUCUCAGAGGAAGGAGUUAAAAGGGAGGUAGAGAGAGUAUUUAGAGCCAGAAGAUAGCAAGCUAAAGAGGAGAGUAUCUCAGACUGGGACAGAAGGAGGUAGGCCUGGGAAAUAAGCCCCUCUGUGGAGCCUAGCUAGGGGAGGCAGAAGGAGAGUUUCCGUUAGCACAGACUGGGGACCUGGAAAGUGGCAGUGCUGCAACAUGCCCAGAGCUGCCUGUUCCCUGUAGACAUCCACAACUGUAUCUCACAGUAUUACCAUUAAAUGUCCAGAACUACUAUUACCAUGUAUGUGUACUUUGCACCUUGUAGAACACUGCACCUUGUAGUACCACAUACGGGCACCUAUCGCACCCUGUAGAACAUGUUGCUGGAGGAACCUGACAUAGUCAUUUAACAGUUUCUAAAACCAUGGGAAUGACAUUUUGAUGUUUGGUAAGAUUCAAUGGAAGUAGUUCCAGAUUUCUCAUAAGACAAUAGAAUAAAGCUACACAACUAGCAUUUGAAUUUAAACCAUAUGUUUUGUUAAACAUGCUUUAGCAUGCAAUUUUAUUUAAAAAUGUACAUUUAAAGAGAGCUCCCAGUACAUCAGUGUCGGCCCAUCCACUAGCCAGACGUAGGCAGUCGCUUAGGAUGCCAGUUCUUGGGGUGGAAGUGCUACAUGCCUCCCUUUCCCUCUCCAAGUAAUGACUGACAUGUUUGACUUUCUGGGAGCGCCCAUUUGCUCACCUCCUUGGAGGGGGCAUGGGGGAGUGUGUGAAGAGGAGGAGAAAGUAUGAACGAGCAAGCCAACCUUCUUUUUAUUCUCUUUAUUGUUAGAUUUAUAAUACUGCCUUUCAUUAAAAUAAUCUCAUAAAUAA